UGGGCGGGCGCAGGGCGAGCCCGGGGCUCUCCAUGCUGUCGGCCCCGGGGCUGCGGAGCCGGCCGGGUGGCUCCUGCGAUGGCGACGGAAAAGGAGGAGGCGGCGAGAGGUAAACUGUUGAUCAAAGGGAACCAGUGCAUUGCUUCCAUGGUUUCCAGUCAUCUGAGCCCAUGGACAAAACCAGCGACUAUUGGAUCCUUCAGCCCACAUGUGACAGAGUUUCCAAGAAAACGAAAAGGGAGUGAUUCAGACCCAUCCCAAGAAGCUCAUAGCCAAACCGAAAAGCGGAGGAGAGAUAAAAUGAACAACCUGAUUGAAAAACUGUCCGCGAUGAUCCCUCAGUGCAAUCCCAUGGCACGGAAACUGGACAAACUGACGGUUUUAAGAAUGGCUGUUGAACACUUGAGAUCUUUAAAAGGUAUGACAAGUUCUUAUGCAGGAAAUAAUUACAGACCUUCAUUCAUUCAGGAUAAUGAGCUCAGACACUUAAUUCUUAAGACUGCAGAAGGCUUCCUAUUUGUGGUUGGAUGUGAAAGAGGAAAAAUUCUCUUCAUUUCUAAGUCAGUCUCCAAAAUACUUAAUUAUGAUCAGGCUAGUUUGACUGGACAAAGCUUAUUUGACUUCUUACAUCCAAAAGAUGUUGCCGAAGUAAAGGAACAACUUUCUUCCUCUGACAUUUCACCAAGAGAGAAGCUAAUAGAUGCCGAAACUGGUUUGCAAGCUCACAGUAAUUUCCACACCAGAAGGAGUUGUGUGUAUUCUGGCUCAAGACGAUCCUUUUUCUGUCGAAUCAAGAGUUGUAAAAUCUCUGUUAAAGAAGAGCACGAAUGCUUACUCAACUCAAAGAAGAAAGAUCAUAGAAAAUUCUGUACUAUCCACUGCACUGGUUACUUGAGAAACUGGCCUCCAAAUAUUGUUGGAAUGGAAGAAGAAACGGACAAUAAGAAAGACAGUAGUAAUUUUACCUGCCUUGUUGCCAUUGGAAGAUUACAUCCAUAUAUUGUCCCACAGAACAGUGGAGAGAUUAAAGUGAAACCAACUGAAUUUAUUACCCGUUUUGCAGUGAAUGGACAAUUUGUCUAUGUUGAUCAAAGGGCAACAGCAAUUUUAGGAUAUCUGCCUCAGGAACUUUUGGGAACUUCUUGUUAUGAAUAUUUUCAUCAAGAUGACCAUAGUAAUUUGACUGACAAGCACAAAGCAGUUCUGCAGAGUAAAGAGAAAAUAUUUACAGAUUCAUACAAAUUCAGAGCAAAAGAUGGCUCUUUCGUAACUUUAAAAAGCCAGUGGUUUAGUUUCACAAAUCCUUGGACCAAAGAACUGGAAUAUAUUGUGUCUGUCAACACUUUAGUUUUGGGACAUAGUGAUACUGGAGAAACAUCAUUGCUUCCUUGCAGCUCUCAAUCAUCAGAAGGAUCCUCUAGACAGUCUUGCAAUAGUGUGCCUGGAAUGUCUACGGGAACGGUACUUGGUGCUGGUAGUAUCGGAACAGAUAUUGCAAGUGAACUUCUGGACUUAGAAAGGUUACAGUCUUCUUCAUCCCUUGAUGAUUCAAGCCCAACAGAUUUAUUGAAAGAUACUCACACUAUAAACUGCAGGAAUAUGUCAGAUAAGGAGCUGACUACACUAAGUCCUUCUGAAAUAGGGGAGCUACAGGCUACAAAGCAAAACCAAAGUGCUGCUACUCCCCAGAGUCACGAACCACUCCUUGGAGAAGGUGCCCAGCUGGAUUUUGAUGCCCUCUGUGACAAUGACGACACAGCCAUGGCUGCCUUCAUGAAUUACUUAGAAGCAGAGGGGGGACUGGGAGACCCUGGGGACUUCAGUGACAUCCACUGGACACUCUAGCAUUUGAUUUUUAACUCAACAUGAGAAACGUUUUGAAGCAUUCCGCUUACAAAAGACUAUAUAUUCUUCUGUACUGUACUGAUACUGUUUUUAUCUUUUAUUCCUAUUCAUGGUUGACCAGUUUUUAUAGAUUUGCUCCCGACUUUCACAGGGGUGUAGGGAAAUGUGAUGUUUCCCUUCAAAUUCUCAAAAUUUUCUAUAGACCGCUUUACUCAUUGACAUAGCUUAAA